GAUGCGAAGUUAGAACAGAAUGUCAAGUUCAGUAUGUGGUUAAAAACCCAUAUUAUACUUGCCAAGAAGGCAGAAAUAGCAGAAAGAGAAGAUGACAUGUUUACUUGGAUGGGAUUGACUAUAUAACCAGUGAUUUUGUAGUCCUCUCAGCUGGAGUGUUUGGCACAACUGAGAUACUUUUCCGGUCACAAAUGCGAGGAUUGAAACUUUCAGAUGCACUUGGCUCUGGAUUCAGCUGUAAUGGAAAUACUGUGGCCUAUCUUGCUGGAAGUCCACUACCCUUGAAUUCUUUUGGAUUAGACCGAAAGCAACUCUCAAAGAUACCUUUUCAAGAACGGCCAGGGCCGGCCAUCUCUUCAUCUUACACGUCUUCAUUGGGUUUCACCAUCUAGAGUGCUGUACUUCCAACAGCUUAUCCUCACCUGCUAUUUAAAGGGAUCACAACUUAUGGUUGGCCAACUGGCUACUGGUUCUUUCAUGGGAUUAUUGAUAAGAUAAGACAUAUUAUAGGUUUGAAAGCAAGUCAAGCUAUUGUUCUUAAUGCAAUGGGAUAUGAUGAAAGUGAUGGGAAAAUUAUGAUGGAAAAGGACAUGAACAGAAUUUGCUUUAGUCCACCCCAUGAUCCUUUACUCCCCAAAAAAGUCAAAGCCUUUCAAAAACUAACUAAGAAAUUAGGAGGAAUUCUCUUCUUAUCAAGGUACUGAAGCACAUCGGUCCAUCUUCUAGGUGGGUGCAAUGCAUCAUCUGAUCCUUCAUAUGGUGUUUGCAACCCCAGUGGUCAGGUAUUUAACCCAGAGUCAUCAGUCAUGGUGCACCCAGGCCUCUAUAUCUGUGAUGCUUCUCUGAUCCCAUGUUCUGUUGGCAUAAACCCAUCUUUUACUAUUGCAACUGCAGCUGAGUAUGUUAGUAAGCACCUUGUACAGGAUGUUCUCAAGCACAAGAGGGUUGAAACUGCUUAUCAAAAUCCACAUUCUAUCUUUAAUGAGAAUACAAAGAGUGGUUGGAGAUCAUGGUCAUGUUUAAAGAAACCAUGAGGGGUUAUGUGGGGGGUAUGCCAUGCACAGCUUAUCUAAAAAUGAAGAUGAAUUCUCAAGAACAGAAGGGCUUAAGUGAGUGGAAGUCGUGUAUCAGCAAUUGUUAUCCUUUUCUGAGAGGGAAAGUUGGUGGGUAUGUGGAAUUUAAAGCAACUGAGAAGGAUAAAUUACAUAUCAUAGAUGGGAAAGUAAGUUUGUGUGAAGUAGAUUACAGAACUCCUUACACACACUAUAUGCAUUAUCAUCUUCUCCUUGCAGCUGGUUCAAGAUAUAUUCUUGAGGGAAAGAAGAUAAUGAAUCCUUAUCUGUUUGCGUUAUGUGCAUGGAGGGAGAUGACGACACUGCAUGUGACAUUUAAGAAAGUUGCAGAGAACAAUUCAAGGGAAGACAUGAUGCAUCUAAAAGGCGAGCUCAAUAUCUCCAUGAUAGAGCUUCUAAAGAGUUUCAUAAGCCUUAGAGGAAACAACAGAGGAAGGUUUAUAUGUCAUCUAUCAUACACACUCUACAGAACCUAUUUCCUACAGAUACCACAAGGGAGCCACAAAGACUUCACCCCAUCAGAUUUGUAUCUUAAAUUUUAUCCAAGCAGCACCCUCCAUGAAAUUAAAACAGAGGAUGGAUUUAUUAUCAGUUGCAGGCAAUGGAAGUGCAACCAAAAUUUCUCAAAGCUUGAAGGACCAAAACAACCAUAUCCAAUUCUCCUUCUUAAUGGGUGUUCUACUGAGAGUUACUGGUUGCCCACUGAACCAAACGAUCUAAUCAGAACUUUACUAGAAGAAGGGCAUGAAGUAUGGUUAUUGCAACCAAGGUUACACCCUUUGAAUCCUUCAAAUAACUUCACAAUUAAAGAUAUUGGAAGAUUUGAUGUCCCUGCUGCAACAAAUAGGAUCCUUGAAUUGCAUGGGAAGCACGUAAAGAUACAUGUUGUUGGACAUUGUGUUGAAGGCUUAGCCAUACAUGUUGCUCUCAUAGGAGGGCACCUCUCUGCAACCCAUAUAGCUUCUUUGUCUUGCACCAACUCUUGAAUGUUCAUCAAGUUAAAUCCUUUGUCCAUGUUUAAAAUGUGGCUUCCUCUGAUCCCACUUUCAAUGGCCAUACUAGGCAAGAACACAGUUCUGCCUUUGUUGGAAACAUCAAAGUCUAGUUUGCCUCAUCGACUCUUCAAAUCCAUUACCCGUUUGAUACCACGUUAUGAAAGAUGCACCUGCAAUGAGUGUGAGGUUUUUUCUGGUGUAUUUGGAAACACAUUCUGGCAUGAAAACCUAAGCCCCAGCAUGCACUACUGGUUAAACAAAGAAAAUGUGACAAAGCUUCCCAUGGCAGCAUUUCCCCACCUUAGAAAAAUCUGCAACACUGGUAACAUUGUUGACAGUGAAGGAAACAACUCAUAUUUGAUCCAUCCUGAGAGAAUGCCACUCCCUACGCUUUAUAUUUCUGGAGGAAGGAGUCUCCUUGUGACUCCGGAGACUUCUUUUCUUGCUAACAAUUACAUGAAGUUGCACCAGCCUGGUUUUAGACAUGAAAGAGAUGUAGUGGAGGGCUUUGGGCAUUCAGACCUUUUGAUUGGAGAAGAGUCAUAUAAGAAGGUUUUUCCUCACAUUACAUCUCAUAUUAGAUCAGCUGAAAGAGAAAAUGGUGCCAUUAGUGUUGGGGGAAGGAAGUAUAGCAUAGAGGCCAUGGAUUGGGAAGAUGAUCCUUACGAACAAUAUGGAGGUUUUAGCACUUGGUUUUCUCCUUGUGUUGUUAUUUUGUUGUUUCUCAUGUUAGUUGCACUAUGCUUGUCAAUGUUCAAUGUGUUUUAAUGAGGAAAAGUUAUUUUAUAUUGUUUUAGUUGAUCCUUAUGAAGAAUAUGGAGGAUUUAGCACUUA